UAGUUACGCGAUCGCAGGAACUUUGUUUACCCUAUCUUGAUCUUAAUUAAAUAUUUUUUUGUAAAGCGAAGCGGUGGUGAAGCUCGGCGCAUCAUUUCCUGACACUAAUUGAUCCCAUUUCCCUCCCGCGCCGAGUAACGCCCUCCACCUCUGAGUCCAUCGCUCACGUGGAAUCCAAUAAGAACCGCUUAGCUGCCUCGCCAGGGAGCACGUCAACAUUUCUUAAACAUAUCCGAGACUUAACUUGCCCUUAAUCUUCCCAAGUUAACGGAUGAUAAAUUAAGGAAGUUUAAGGUUUACGUGUUCCAUAGAGGUAAUCCCCGUCCUUUUCCUUAACCUUAUGACACUCAUGAUGCUGGUCUGGAUAUAAGUGACUUAUAUCCAGAUCAGUACAAUUUUUUAUCUUUUACAGAAAAGUGAUGUAAUUGUAUUUAAAGUCAUAUAUAUUUUUUGAUCGAAAUUACCGAUUUGAUUCCGUCGAAGUUUAAAGUUUACAUAAAGUGUUGAAACGAACAUAGUAUAAUAAAAUGAUAAAGUGGAUCAAAUGAACAAUGAUAAUGUGAAAAAUAAGUGAUAAUGACAUUAAACAGAACUGUAAAUGAUGCGAACGUUUCAUAUGAAAAGUGUGAAAAACAAAUCGAUAUGGGAUGACUCAAAGUGUAAAAUGUUAUGUGCAACCCAUUUUCCGACCUGGAGAUGAUGCGCGAAUUUCACGACAAUGCUGGGGCAGGUGCAGGCGGCGCGAUGGAGGAAAACGAGGGCGACGAGAAUGGGGCUGCCGAGAACGAUAUGGACGAAUGCGGCUCUCUCGCGCUGCCGCCCGACCUGCCCCCUUACUCCGGUGACUACAUCAUCAGUGACUACAUGGAGCGCCUCGGCACCCGCCUUAAUAUCCUCGAAACAGAGCUCAAGUACGCCUGGCGAGCUCUCGACCUCCUCAGUCAGGAGUACGUCAGAAUGUGGGAACGUCUCGAGAGGCUGGAGGCCCUGCUCGCGGACCAACAGGGUGUUAUAUCAACGUUACUCGACUUCUAUACGUGCCGUGGUGUUACCGCCAGAGAUCCUAUGACCCGGCUAGAAGUAAUAAGAGAAAUUUUAGGCAAUGGAACGGUAGAAGAUGGUAUUGAGGAAGGUUUAGAUAUAGGACGUAGCUCUGUCUUAAUGGAUCCACAAGAGGAAAUAAUGGAGUCUAAUGAAGCUUUUUACAAAAGCUUAAACCAAGCUUAUCGAGACGAUCUGGUUUGCGAAGAGACUUCUCGUCCCCCUUCACAAUUAGAUAUGAUUUGGGAAGCACCAGAAGAACACGAGAUGGAAAUUAUACCUGCUGGUUCAAGACAAGUGUACAGUGCAACAGAUUACAAAGAUUACUGUGGAUUACAGGGCGGGCCCGUUAUUAGCGAAAGAGAUUUGGUACAUUUAUCGACGUUAAGUACAAUAGAUCAAAUCGCCGUAGAAAAAUUACAUGAAUUAGAUAGACUGACAACACAAUUACACAAAGAUUCGAGAGAGUUAAAAGACUUGAAAACUAGAAUUCUUAGCCCAGAAACAAUGAAAUCCAAACACAAUAUUGAUAUUGAAGCCAAAGCACUUGUUGAAGACGGCAACAUAAUAAAUGAACAACUUAAAAAUGUUUACUCUGGUGAAGAAAACUGGGGUAUCAACGAUGUUAUGAAAAGUUUUGACGAUUUUUUAUUGUCUAUGCCUAAAGAGUCUAUCAGUAGAGAAAAAUCUCCAUCUCGAUUAUCUCUUACCGAAAAAUCUGUAACGGAUCGAGCUAUUGAUUACUUACCUCCAACGGUAUCUCCUCGACGAAAUUAUGUUCCUGAAAGAACAACAACAGAACCGUAUACUACUGUAACUGGACGAUUAGCAUACAGUUCGGCAGUAGCAAAUGCGGAAAUAAAUGCAGCUAAGGCUUCCAAAUCCCCUAGCGCACUUUCAAGAGAAAGGUUUGAAUAUAGUCCAUCUUAUCAAAUGACAGACCCUUCAAUGUAUUAUUCCAGUAAAGGAUUAUCUCAACCAAUAAACGAUAUUUAUAAAACAGCUGGUUUAGAUCAGCAAUCUCCUAUGUCAGUCCGUGAAAUUUAUAAAAGACCUUCUGAUAGUAGAUAUGACGUAAAUUAUGAAGAAAGUAGGUUACGAGAGCCCCCUACUCCACCGCCACCAGCUCCUCCAAAUGGAGUUAAUUUAUUCGCCAAUAUUGGAAAUAACAAUGAAUCAACGGCUAGUCAGUCAAUGCUUUCGGCCGGUAAUUUACCAUCAGACAAUUUACGAUUAAGUCCUAGGUCUCCCAAAUCACCAAAAACGUCCCCAAAACACCUAAAAAGAGAUACUACGAAUAUAGUGGCCGCUAAAUCUGACUCGGGUUUAUCAUCAAUGAGUGGAUGGUCCAGCUUGGAGAAAAGCCCAGGCUCGCCAAAAACAGGAAAGGUCGUUCAUUCUACUCAUGACUCGCACAAAGUAAGAAUCGCAUCACCUCAAUUAGUUCAAAGAAUGGCAUAUGAAAUUGAGUCCAAACCCUAUUCAGAAACACUUACAGACUCAUAUGCCCAAGAAGGUAAAAAUUUAAAAAGUGAUUUUAACUUACGAACAAUUGAUAAAAUUAACAAAGAACUCUCGUCAAGGGAUUUAAAUAAAUUUCAAGGGAAGUUAGAAAGUGAUUUUAUUAAAUCUAGUAUUCCGCAUUCCAUCGGGGCAUCAAGUUCUCAAUUAAAUAUGAGUGAAUAUUUUUAUGGAAAUGAAGCUCCUUCAAUAUAUUCAGUUGCUGGUAAUAGGCAACCAGUAUUUACAACGGUUUAUAGCACUCCAAGAGGCAUGCUUUCUGAGGACCGAAAUAAUUUUUCCGAAUUAUUAGAUAGAAAUGAAAUUGUAGAAUCCAAUGCACCAGUUGCAGAAUCAUAUCCACCUGAACCUAGUUAUCAUGCGCAAACGGUUGUUAUGUCAGCUGCAAAUGUAAAUAAGAGAACAUUGACAAGAGCAAACACAAUGGGCCCUAAUGAUCCCCAAUUUCAUCAAAAUGGAUAUAAAGCGACAUCUCAUCGUGGUGCGUAUCCACCUGGCAACCUUACUGAUGCAUUGUCAUAUUAUCCAACAUCCAGUAGGUAUGAUUCACCAAAACGUACAUCAUUAGAAGAUCAGCUUUCAUGGCAAGGUGGAAGUAGAUCACCAACUAGUUCAAUGGAUACAUCUAGUUUAAAGUCCCACUCCCUAAAUAUUUCUGAGAGAAAACAGUUUCAAAAUCAGCUACAGCAAGAAUAUUUUAAGCAGCAACAAUAUGACCAAAGAAACGGAAAUCUCAAUUGUUACGACGAGCAAGAGUAUAAUCAUCAAAUGAAACCAGAACACUCAAAAACAAGAAAAGAACAAUACGUAGACUCAGGUGGUAUGUUAGUCUCAGAAUCAGGAUAUUUGUCUAUAUCAAGAAGUAUACCCCAACAUAAAAUACCUAAAAAACCAAAGAGAACAUCUUCCUUAAAAUCUGCUAUGUCCAGCGUGAGCCACUGGCUGCCAGAUUUACACUUACCCAAAAAACAUAGAUCUCAUUCUUUACCUUCUGGCGUAGAUACCGUAGAACAACCUCAACAAGAAAAAAGUUUAAAAGAACGAAUAUUGUCUGCUCAAAGAAGAAAGAAAAAAUAUCAUUUAGUAGCUUCCAUGUCAGGAUUAUUACAAAAGGCUAGAAGGAAGCAACAAGCAAGUCAUCAAUCGUUAUCAGACCCAGAAACUUCAGAAACUGAGUGGUCUGGAGGGAGAUCUAGUGCUCAAUCCGAAGAUAGUGACAGUGUGUUUUCUGAUUCUGCUCACGAGACCAAUAUGUUUGCUAAAGUACCUCCAAAACCAAAACAAAGAAAAAGUAACAACCAGGACAUUGUGGAACAACAACAAAUGAUCCAAGAGUUACACCAGCAAGGACGAGAUUUUCCUGAAGAUAUUUCAGAACAUGACGUGGAUGAAAUUGAUAAAAUUUCGGUAAAUAAUACGAUUCCACGAGAUAAGAGCGAUGAUAUUGACUUUCACUUCGCACGAAUUAGCCAGAUGAAUAAAGAUAAUAUAUCAGAAUUAGAAAAAUUGGAUAUAGAUACGGACAUUUCAAACGUAGACCUUUUUGAAGAUGACAUAAAAGAAGAAGAUGACCAAUCACCUGGAUCUCUUUUUGCAACAAUCGGUGAUGUGAAAAAGGCAGCUGCUGCCUCAGACGAGGGUCUAAAUGACAGUAAUAAAUCCUAUAGUGGAAGUUCGCAAGAAUUUGCAGUAUCAAGGGCUUUAGGAAAAUAUAGGUUAAGAAAAUCUACAUCGAUAUCUGAUGAACAAAUGGAUGAUGAACUCUCUCCACCAAGAACCGAACCCGAACAUCAGGAAGAAGAAAUGCCAAGUCAAACAGAUAAAAAAGUCCGCAAAACUAGCACUCCCGAAAUCAUUAACUCUACGGCACCCGAAGAAUCAUCUACAUACCCAGAAAGAAGUCCAUCAAUUCAAAGCGCCCGUACCAUUCAUAGUAAAUUUCCGACGAGGCAUCAGCAAAGUUUAGAUAUCCCCAAUAAGCACGAUGAUGAUGACAGUAAAAGUACUCAUUCGUGGAGAAGUGGCUCACGAGUAUCAUCGAGACGACAAAGCACGGAAGAUAGCAUCGAUUCUGAGGAUGAAUGGUAUUGUUAUGAAUUAAGGAAACUAGAAGAAAUGGAACAUCAGUCACAUAGUGAAAUGGAAAGACAAACGACACUGCCAGAAGAACCUGAAUAUGAAGAUGAGGAAGACCCAGUUAAAGACAAGGAAAUAUUAAAAGAAAAAAUGUCGUUUGUAUUAAGAGAAUUAAAACUUAAAACAGCUAACGUUAAAACUAAAUAUGACAAAACACCAGAAAAAGAAACCUGGAAAGAUAUCACAACAUUCCCUGCAACUUCUGAUUCAAAAGACUACGAAAGCCCUAUUAGGGACGACGAAGAUGAUAAAUCUUAUGCCGAUGAUUCUGGAUCGGGUGAAACUUCGGGUCCAGAUAGUCCUGUUCAGAGUGGGGAUGAACUGGACGAAGAUUACGAUAUGCCGCAGUUUCAUGAAGAUACCGCAGCAGUUCAAGAACUACAACAACAGCAAGAUGCACCUGUUGGGAGUAAAUGGAAGUUGUUGAAGGCGCUGAAGGACCGAAAAGCUGAGGACAAGGCGUCUGAGACUCCAGUGGCAACAACUCCAUCCACGGAGAAAGACAAAGUCAGUGCAGGUGUAAGUUAUCUUAUGCAGAAAUUUCAUGAAAUUAGAGUUAAAAGUUAGAUGCUUACGGCAACACUAAUGUUAAAUAAUAUUUCAUUUACCAUAAAAGUUAAAUUAAUAUUUAGACUGAUGAACUGCAAAAUAUUAUGCUCGCUUUACAAUGUCAAUAUGAAUAAAAACGAUAUAAUGAUCAAAUAGGUAAUCUUGCGCAUAAGGCAUAGCUGUAGGCAAUAUUUUACAAUGACGUAAUACUCUGUCCAUUUCAACAACUUCCAUUACAACGUUAGCUUAUUGUUGUUUCAGAUAAAGUAGCUGUUAGAUGUAUACUGAGAUUAGGGUGUUUAUAUUUUACUAACGUUUCGACUCGGAUAACGUACGCGUAAAACGGUAUUGUGUCACCUAAAUUUAAAAUUAAAUAUGAAAUAGUCAAUAUACUCGUAAAAUCUGAAAAAAUUAGGACAGAAACUAGGGUUGGUGACUGGGGUUGUGAUGACUUUACCUAAUUUCAACCAGUUGUUUUGCUCCAGUAACAUUAGCAAUCCUACGACAGCAACUCUGAAAAUAUUUACUUAUAUUAUAUAGAGUGCGUGUAAUAGCAACUUUAUAAUAUUUAUUAUACAUUAUUUCUAAAAGUAUUAAUGCUCUUUCUAUAUAAUUGAGGCAAUAACUUAGUAAAUAAGGAAUUUCUACACGUACAGUAACAGUAUUUUAUACGAAGCUUGAGAAAUUAAUCCCUAUAAUAACAAUAAAACUAUACAACUUUUAACUAAAGCGAUCUUGCUUAAAAUUGUGUUAUAUUAAUAACUACAUAACUAAAACAAGUAAUAAGUAAUCAUUCAGUAUUUUAACGUAGGCCUGUUUGUUGCUUCAUCAGUAAUCAUCAAUGAAGCUUUUAAUAUAGGUAUUGAAGGUGUGCUUUCAGCGUGUCAUGUCGAACAAGCUUAGAUGGCAUUUUAUGUACAAAUCUCAUAAAUAUCAUAUCAUCUCAUAUCACAAAAAAACGUAUUUACCUUACCUACAAACCACCUUCUAAAUAUAUAAAGUAUAUUCCAUAAAUUAAAUAGCAUGAAAUGCAGAAUAAAAAAACUUAAAACAAAUACUCACGUAAUGCGAUAAUC